AUGACGCUCACCGUAUCCGAGAUCACAGAAUUGCGGAUCUACCCCAUCAAAUCAUGCCGCGGCGUCAAGGUCUCCUCGAUCAAGUCCACCCUACAGGGCCUGUACCUCGACCGACGCUGGAUGUUCGUGGAUGCAGAGAACAAGUUCCUCACCAUUCGGCAGCAGAGCAAGAUGACACUGAUCAACACCAAGAUUGAUGAAGAGAAGCAGCAGCUGGUCAUCACCAUUGGGGACGACAAGGAGAAGCAGAUUGCUGUACCGCUCUUUCCAGACCAUGAAUACCUCGAGAAGCACACGAAGCCCGCGACUGUCAAUAUCUGGGGCUCUGAUACGAAGGCAUACAUGUACACGGACCCGAAGAUCCAGGCGCUGUUCCGGGACUUCAUUGGGGAUGGGAAGGAGGUGAAUCUUGUCACCAAAGACCCGAGAGAUCCUCGCAUCUGUGCAGGGAAUGGCUCUCCGGAGGUGCUAGGACGGCAAGCUACUGUUAAUUUCCCUGACGUGUUGCCGGUCUUGAUUGCCUCAGAGGCAUCGCUGGCAGAGCUGAAUGGGCGUCUGAAGGCGCAAGGUGAGGAGGAGAUCACGAUAGAACGCUUUCGUCCGAACGUCAUCAUCAAGGGUGGGGAAGCGUGGUCAGAGGAUAGUUGGAAGACUGUGCGCAUUAAUGGAUCGAGUGCGCCUUUGUCGAAUUGGAUGCCGUCGAUGGUGUCUGGCAUGACCGGAGCGGUCGAUAUGGAUGUGGUUGCGCGUUGUGCGAGAUGUCAGGUUCCGAAUGUGAAUCCUGAUACAGCAGACAAGAAUAAGCAUCAACCCUGGGACACCUUGAUGAAGUAUAGAAGGAUCGACGAGGGCAUCAAAUUCAAGCCGUGCUUCGGCAUGCUUUGUGUACCCAGAAAUGAGGCAGAGAUCGAGGUCGGUAUGAGGUUCGAGGUGCUGGCGACCACCGAAGACCACCAUUAUAUGAAAGGUUUCUGA